GUGUAGUGUUUGUGUUGGUAUUGUGAAGUGCCAACAGCUGUGAACUUUUUUCUUGUUUAAUAUAUUCCACACCCCCGCCAGCAAAUAAUGAUGGUUGCUGGCUAUGAUAUGUUGCUGCAGUUGCGGGUAACGAACCAACACUUCGUCAGACGUAAAGCGUAGUUAGGAGUUCGUCAGUGCGUGACGUGUGUGCAGAGCUACUAUUUUGUGUGACACCACAGGUGAGGCCGUGGCCGAAUACGGACUGCACUCCGUGGACGUCGGACGGUACCCCGAUGCUGCGGCUGCCGACGGAGUCCCGGGGCUGCCGGGACGACGGGGUGGAGGUGCGGCGGGACGCGUGGGGGCGGCCGCCGCAGCCCACCUGGGAGUGCGAGAGUGGCACUGGACUUUAUUCGUUUGUGGACUCCUUCAGCCAGUCGAUGCAGGUCCUGGGCAGCCGUACUGCGGACGACGCAAUGGGUAUCGGUGCGGGUGACGUGCCACCGGACGCGUCUCCUGUCGGAUUGCCGGCGGUGCCGUACCCCGUGGCCGACUCCGUGGGGCUGCAGGAGCUGCAGAAUGCGAUGGGAGCCACAGACGAGGAGAUGGCCAUCCUGCAACAGCUGGGGGGCGAGGGGCCCAUCUGGGUACCUAGCAAGGGCGAGGCUUCGGACCUGCUGUCUGCACCCAAGGUAGAGGAGGAGGAGGAAGAGGCGGACAUUGUGGACCUGGACUGCCAGCGGAGGGCCCCAGAAGUGUCAUCCACUGGAGUCUCCUGCGGAGGCGGCGAGGGUGCGGCCGCGACGGCGGUGUGUACCGGCGGGGCUCCGGUGGACGUCGGCGGAGCGGUUCCGGACGCCUCCGACCGGCACGCCGUAUCUGCGCCUAGAGCUGCCGCACCUGCUGCAAAGGUUUCUGCUAAAAGGAAGAGGCAGCGCCGGACGCGGCCGGCGAAAGCGGCCGGCAGCGGCGGGGAGAACCUGCUGGCGGCGUACGAGGCGAAGGAGAUGGUGUGCCCGUCCUGCCACCGCUUCUUCCUGGGCAUCUCCGCCCUCCAGCAGCACGUGCGAUUGGCGCACGACGGCCGCGUCGACCCCAUCAAGAGAAGGAAAAAUCACUGUUCCUCGGUAUGCGGCCCGUCCGAGUGCGUCGCGACCUCCGCGCUGGGUACGCCUGCCGACUCGCCGCCCCGGCUGGUCUGCCCGCACUGCCGCGAACUGCUGGUCGGGAGGGACGCGCUGGUGGCUCACGUCGCCGAGGACCACCCGAGCAGCGCGGUGCCUACCGACUUCGCCACGUUGACGGCGCCGCCGAACGGCAGCAGUGAAUCGGUGGGACUGAAGACGCACAUCUCGACGGCUCUCGGAGGGCUGCUGGACCGAGCCCUCAACAACCGGCCGGAGAAGGGACCCGGCUCAGGUGACUCCGCCACCCACCACCGUCGGAGCCGACAGACACCGAGUGUGCCGCCGAAGCUGAACGCCCCGCGAUCCGAACCCGAGACUGAGGCCGGGUCGUCGCCGUCGGGCCGGCCGCGACGCGUGUACGACACGGAGCUCGCCAGGCGGGUGUGGCAGCAGUUGAGUUCGAGGCAGCCCCCCACCGAGUUGGAGCUGCAGCGCGCGACCGCGAGUGCCGACGGCAAGUUCGUCCUGUACCCCUACGUCUGCUUCUACUGCGAGUGCCGGUUCGAGCAGCAGAGCGUUCGGAACAGGCACAUGGUGCAGGCACACAAGAACGAGAUCAUCACCUCCAAGGCAUCGCAGUUGGAGCCUGACGCCAACCCGGAUGACGUAUCUGCCAGUGAAGACUCCGACCACAACUGCGGCAUCGACUUCGGCGCUUCACGAGGACUACCCGCGCGCGGCGGAGCGGAAUGCGGCAGGCCGGAUCCCCUGCCGCGGGAGACAUCGCCCGCGCCGCACGGGGGAGUCUCCGCACCCGCGUCUCCGUACGGCGAGGAGACUGUAAAGCAGAAGGCGAUGGCGGCUCUGCGCGAGCUCGGCGUGUGGGACCGCAGGCGCAGGGGCUGCCGGGACCAGAGUGUGGGCGUGGGCGGUGAAUAA